UCUUUUUUUAAAGAAUAUAUUAUUAAUAUUCUAGAAAAAAUACUUCAAAUAUUCCUGCUGUUUCCUGUAUUAUUUUUUCUCAAGAAUCCCCCAUUCAGACAUUAGAAAACGAGAAAAAGGGCCAAAUCGAAGAGCUGAAUGAACAACACACCAGGAGGCAACGAGGCUGGCUCGGGAUCGAUUCCUGCUGGCAGGUCAGCAACGGAGAAUAGCGACGUCGGCAGCAGGGGCAGCAGCAGGCAGCAGGCGAGCUGGCGUCGUCACUAUUUCAGUUUUUAGAAGCCCGCGAGUCAGACCGAGUCGCUCUUUAACUUUAAGGUUCUCCUUCCGGGAUAAAUCGGGAAUAAAGAUUUUUUUCCACCCUCUGAGGGGAAGAAGAAAUACGUGGUUUUCGUCUUGUUGGUCGUUCGGGUUCAGUGGAAAUAGGAUUGACAAAAGAUAGUUGGCACAAGACCCUUAAGAUUACUGUACGUUAAUAUGAGUUAUUUACCACUCCUUAUUGGGAUUUCAUUGAUAACCUUUGGAAGUUCAGAGUAUCAGGAUUUGCAAACUUCGUUAGUCCACAAUGAUUAUACCAUCAAAGAUACAACAGAGAGUCCAAGCGUAACAACCCCCGUGACCACAGAACCAGUUCUAGAAAAGAACAACAAAAAGCACAACAUAGAAAAGAGCGUGAAAAGCGCCUUAAGAUUUCUGAUUUCCCAAAGAGAAACCGACUGGGGUUGGAGGAACGACACCCCAAAAGUCCUGACGGCCCUAAAACUACUGCAGGCCUACGAGGAUGUCCUGGAUGGUCUCCUGCCUAACUCCUAUGAGCUUCAGCUUUCCAGUAAACAAAUGGAAAUUGAGAUUGUUAUAAUGCUUUGGAGACAUCACGAAAUCCCUAUAGCUCCAUCUCAACUGGCCCAAUACUGUUUGUCUCUGAGUGCGCUAUGUUAUGACCCCAGACAGUUCCACGGCCAUGACCUAAUCGGUACUCUACAGCACCACGAGGCUCCACAUGAUUUAGAUUUUGCGUAUACAACACUAGCAGCCUGUACAGCCAGAGCCCACGUAAGAAAGAAGCAAAUACGUAGACUACUGGACAUCGCCAACACCGCCAAGGACCAUAAUAUUGAUACAGUCGCGAUGACCAUUUUGGCCUUAAGGUGUAUCGUUAUGGAUCACAGGCAUAGAAAUAUGCAGCACUCGUUGAGGAGGCCCAGCAUUAGUCUGGCCAGGCAGCAACAGCCCAACGGUGGAUUUGGGAAUUUGUAUAAUACAGCUUUGGUUGUACAGGCUUUGGAUGACUUAACGGAACUGAAGAGCUACUGGAAUAAAACAGCUGCCAGAGCUUACCUAGAGUCGCGUCAAGAUCCUGAUGGUGCCUACACGGAUGCAGGAUUGACCUCUGACGUUCUCUUGGCUCUGAUCGAUAAAGGGCUUGGAUCGGUACGACUCUUAGAAUGCGGAAGACACGACGCUGAUUAUGAAAAUAAUGGUAAGUCUUUGAUGGUUAGGCAUUCAGGUGGUACCGAAGAAUUUGGUUUUUCAGUUGAAAUUGAAGGCCUAACGAAAUCUCUCUCCUCGCAUGGAAACGAUAGUGAAAUUAGGAAUGUUACUAUCACCUACACUUUGUGGAUCGGUUCGAAUGUUACGGAGAACUGCACUAUUUCCAUUACAGCUCCAAGGAAUACCUCGUUUUAUACCAUAAUGCAGAUGGCUAUGGAUAUGGACUCGCACUUCUCAUUUGAGGCUUCUGAAUGGCCCAAUGGCCAUUAUGUUCAUACAUUAGCUGGCUACAAAGAAGAACCAAUGGGUUAUAACUAUUGGUUGUUGUAUAGGUUGCCUGAACUCCCCGAUCCUACCGCUCCUCCAGCCAAUCAGCUUGUAGCACCAGUGGGGGUGGAUGACUUAUUGAUCGAAGAAGGGGAUCACUAUUUGUUCUGGUAUAAGAAGUUGUAAAGCACAAAUACGCUAUUGGUUGUUGGUUGUUCUGUCUAGUUUGCUUCGUGAACUACGGUUUUCUUUUUCUUUAACAUGCUUUAAUUGAAAAAGGGAAAAUUCUGUGUUACAGUUUGUGAUGUUAAAAACAUAUUGGAGGCGCUUAUUUAUUGCGAAAUAUGCUAAAGAAAUGAUGAUUUUUUAUUGGAAUAUACGGUGAGCAUGUAAAAAAAACAUAAUUUUUAACCUAUUUAUUUAGGCCUGUAGUGAUACCUACUACAGGCAAAAGUGUACUUUCGAAAUAGCGGAAUUGGGAACAGUGGUGACACUGAAAAGUGUGUAUUUUAAAGAACAUUAUACGGUUUUCCGUUUAAAAAUUAAAAAAAAAGGCAUCUUUUUCUCUUGGUAAUUUUUCAAAAUAAUUAUUAUUAAAAGAGUUAUUGGACUUAACUUCACUUUUUUGUUCUCCGUGUAUCUCGCUUAAUAUCGUUAAUUAUGAAAAAAAGAAAAAAAAACAAAAAAGAUUAUUUUUUUUAGUUUUAUGCACGAUGAGUUUUUUGUCGAUUUUUUAUUUAAACUUAUAGUGGACAAGAUGCUUAGGAAUAAAUUCAAAAUUUUCUAAAAAAAAUACCAAUUCAUCAUUUAAGUAUACUUAAAGGUUAUUAAAGGCACUUAAAGGAGUAUUCUAGGCACUACUCAGAUUACAUUCAAAGGCCUGGACGAAUCUUAAUAGCCAUUAAAAGAGUAUUCCUGGAACUUAAAGGAUUAUUAUUCCAGGCACUUAGGCCAGCUCAAUUGCCUCGAAUAAGAUUCUGGAAUUAAUUUACAAUGUGUGAAAUUAAAAAAUAUAUUUAAAAGGCUCAAUAAGCAUAAGUGGUUUCUAUUAUACUGGAUACUUCUUCUCUUCCCCUCCAAAAAUUUGUAUUUUUCAAAAAUAAUGCGAUUUUCUAUUUAAAAAUUCAAAAAUGGGCACUGGAAUUUUUUAAAUUGAAUAAUUUUAAAGAAGUUGUCGUAAAAAAUCCGUUCCCCCUGUAUCUCGUUUAAUAUGGAUUAUUUCUCGAAAAAAGCAAACAGACUUUAUUUUUUAAUUUUCUAUAAGAACAGCUUUUUUUUCUUUAAACCUAUAUAGAGCAAAAUUUUUUGAAAUAAAUUAAUAAUUUUUCAAAAAAAUCAAUAACUACUUAUUUAAAUAUACCUAAAGGUAUAUUACAGGCAGUUAACAUUUUUGUUGCUUAAACUUAUAGUGGGCAAGAUAUAUAUUCAUAAUUUUCCUAACCAAUAUUACUUACACAUUUAAAUAUAAUUAAAAGGGACAUAUUAAGGUAUGUAUUAAAGGACCUUAAAUUUUCCAGGCACUACCUAAAUUACCCUCAAAUGUCUGGAAGAGCACCUAAACAAUUAUUCUAGGUACUUAUACCAACUUAAAUGCCUGGAACAAAAUUCUGAAAUCACCUGAGGAUGUCUAGAAUUUAAAACGUAGUUCCAAACGCAAUAAGAUUUUCUUCAAAUGCUUGAAAGAUACGUACUUAAAUCAUUAUUCCAGGCACUUAAAUUGACCCCAAGUACCUGUAAUAAAAUUCGAAAUAACUUUGGGAUAUGUAGAAUUUAAAAAGAAAAACGUUUAACUCAGCCAGAGUCCCUUAAAAUACCUGGAAAAUACUGAAAUGCGAAAUGCCUGGAAUAAUAUACAUAAAUAACUUUAUAAUGCCUAGAAUUAAGAACGAAAUUUUCAACACUUCAAAUGUCUGAAAAGUAUAUAGAAAAUCAGUUCAUGUUCAAAAAAUAACGAGCUUAAGCAAUUUUAAACAGUAAAUAAGUAAAUUAAAAAAGUAUUUGUAUCUCUUUCAAGCAGUACCAAUUUCUGUUGUUUUAGGUAAAUUUGAAUUAAUCAUACAUACAAAAUAAAUAAAUAUAUAAAUAUUCUAUGAGAAAUUUAAAAAACAAAUCGUAAAAAUAAUAAAAUUGCAAAAUAAAAAUAAAUAGUAAUAUAACAUUUAAAAAAAUAUAUAAAUAUUUAAGGCGUGGUCCAUUGUGUUCCUCCGCCAUUUUGCACAUUUUUAACCUAAAACUAUGAGUAUUUUUUAUGUGCUCUCCUUAUAUACAAGUGUUUUACUACUUUAUAGUGAUUUUGUUGUUUAAAUUAAAUAUUUAAAAAAAAUUGUAAAUAGCUUUAUCGACUCUUUGGGUUCCCACGUGCUAUCGCUUAAUUUGUUACAUGCGCAUUACAUGGUUUUUAUUAAAUAAAUAUCCCAAUCUUGUGUAAAAUUAUUAUAUAAUUGAUAUUGCAUUACGUAAGGGUGCCAAAUAUAUAUAUUAGGUAAAAAAGGUGUUUAUUACUUUAAAAAAAAAAUCUACCUAAUUGAUUCUCCUUCUGUAUAAUAAGCACCUUUUAAGGUAAUUUGUGUAACGUAUGAAUAAAUCAUAAUAAUAAUAAUAAUAAUAUUAAAUGUUGUGUUGUAUAAAUUUUGGCGGACAAUAUUUAUAAAGUAUUAAUGAUUAAAUCCAAAUUAAGAAUAAUAAUAAUAUAUAUUUCGUAUAUAAUAAUAAUAAUAAUGUAGCAUUGAAAGAGACAAUUGUUAAACGUGGGGCAAGAAUUAGGGAAUUAUUUUUUCAAAUGUAACAAUGAUAGCUGCGACUUUAUCUUUUGCUUCUGGAUGAUCUUGAUAUUGACUAUUUAUUAGUUAUAUGUGCGGUAUAAUAAAUAUUAAGGCUAUUUGUAU